UGGAGGGUAUUUUGCCAUUCCUCUUUCUCCUUUCACCUGGCGAUUUCGUUUUCUUUGCCCCAAACUGUUGCAAGUCUUGAUUCUCUCAACUAAGACCUGCUCUCGCAUCACCUAAAUCUUUCUCUCCAUCACUUAUUUUUUUAAACCCGUGGUAGGGAGUGGAAAAGGAGGAAAGCCCUUGUCUUUUUUCCAAGACAAUAGGUAGCUGGGCAGAUAUUAAGGCUUGGCCCUCCACACACGCACCCUGCCCCCAAAGUCUCCCCAGCCCUGCACCGUGCCCCAAGGUAAGGGGGAACUUUAGGAAGAUGGUGCUGCCUACUGUGUUCCUGCUGCUGUCUGCCUGUAUCGGGGCAGCCCAAGGCCUGGGUUCUUUCGUGCACUGCGAAGCGUGCGACGAGAAAGCCCUAUCCAUGUGCCCCCCAAGUCCUCUGGGCUGCGAGCUGGUCAAGGAGCCUGGCUGCGGCUGCUGCAUGACCUGCGCGCUGAACGAGGGGCAGUCGUGCGGGGUGUACACCGAGCGCUGCGCCCAAGGGCUCCGCUGCCUCCCCCGACAGGACGAGGAGAAACCCCUGCACGCUCUCCUGCACGGACGUGGGGUCUGCCUCAACGAAAAGAGCUACCGGGAGCAAGCCAAGAUCGAGAGAGAAUCCCGAGAGCAUGAGGAACCAACCACUUCAGAGAUGGCUGAGGAGACCUACUCCCCAAAAGUUUUCCGGCCCAAGCACGUUCACCUCUCUGAGAUGAAGGCUGAAGCCCUGAAGAAAGACCGCAGGAAGAAGCUGACCCAGUCCAAAUUUGUUGGAUCUGAAAAUACUGCCCAGUCCCGGGUCAUCUCCGUCCCUGAGAUGAGACAGGAGUCUGAACAAGGCCCCUGCCGCAGACACAUGGAAGCUUCCCUUCAAGAGCUCAAAACCAGUCCCCGUAUGGUGCCCCGAACCGUUUACCUUCCCAACUGUGACCGUAAAGGCUUUUACAAGAGGAAACAGUGCAAGCCAUCUCGGGGCCGCAAACGUGGCAUUUGCUGGUGCGUGGACAAGUAUGGGAUGAAGCUGCCAGGGAUGGAAUAUGUCGAUGGAGAUUUCCAGUGUCACAAUUUUGACAGCAGCAAUGUUGAGUGAUGCAUCCAUCCCAUCCCUCUUCCCUUUCUCCUCUUCCUUGAUCCUUUUCCCCAACUCCCUCCCCUUCCCCCCCUCCAGCCAGUGCCCCUCUCCACCCCGAGGAUGCCACUCAUUUCAUCUCAUUUAAGGGAAAAAAUUAUUUGAAGAAACUGAGGACCUCGGAAUCUUUAGCAAGUUCUCAACCUUUUUUUAAGCAACAACAACAACAACAAAAGAGACAGAAUAAUCCAAGAAGACACCCCCUUUUUUUUUGGUUGAUAGGGGGAAGAAUGGGAUGGUAAAAGGAGAAUGAAUGGAGAAGGGAAGACAGGAAGAGAGCGUGAAUGCAAGAGAAUCACUAAGAAGGACACAAAAAGUAAAGAAAAGCAAGAAAGAAAAGAAAAGUAAUUAGCAACCCAUCUCAGCCCACAUCCUGCUACCAAGAAGGACCCUUAGCUGGGAAACAGUUUUACCUGGGGAGGGUCUGGGUUAUUAGGUGGGAUCCAAUGGCUUGUUGAGGGUUUUUUUUUUUCAGUUUGGUUUGAUAGAAAGAGGAAAGAGAAGAAAUGGCAAAAGGCAAAAUAGGGAUCUGCUCUCCUAUGUCUCCUCCUCCAGUCAGCUCCCAAGGCCUCGUCAGGCCUCGCAUUCCUCUGCCCUCACCCCUGAAUUCUUCCAAGGUUUGUCUAAAAAUGAAAAUGCAUUCCAUUCCUGUUUUUUUUUUAAUCCAAACUUCAGAGUGAUCCUAGCUAGGUAGGAUUUUCUGGACAGACAUAUAUUGACACAUUAUAUGCAUGAAUGUCUGUGUGUAUCUUUCAGUUCCCACACAGACAUAACCAGUCAUGACUAUAUGCACAGCCUUUGAAAUGCCUUUUCUUCCAAGGUGACCGAAAUAACGCCAAGGGUGUGGAUAUGGAUUUUUUUUUUCAGUUCUUAGUGUAGCCUCCAUAGGGGAAGGUGGACUGGCAAAGCAUUUGUGUGGGCUUGUAUUUAUCCACAAGGCUAUAUGUCUACAUAUAGAGAUAUAUACUUU